AUGUGACAGACAUGCCCUCAAACCGCCACAGCCAGCACCAUCCUCAGAGACGGCGGCGACCGUUGGCUCUCGUUUUUGAACCCUGAUACCUCUAACACCCAGCUCUCAACCCUGGUUAUCAAAGCCGGUCAGGACAGAAUAGUUUACAGGCAGGAAGUAGAGUGAAAUGUAUAUAAAACAAAAGCACCCACUUCUGGAGUAUCUAAGAGGCAAGAGUUGAACAUGGAACAAAUGUCCUGGAAAAUGUUAAUAGUGACCAAGGCCUUUCUACUUUAUCUAACCUGUGCCUUCAAAGUAACGGUGGCUAGGCAACAGGAAGGUGUGUGUGCCACAUGCCACGUCAAUGCCACAUGCGAUGACAAGAGAGAUGGAAGAGGUGGGAAAGUCUGUAACUGCAUGUAUGGCUUCUUGGGCAAUGGCAGAACUCGAUGUCAAGACAAAGAUGAGUGCCAAAUUGGGGGCGGUAAGAUCUGCGGAGAUCACACUGUCUGCCACAACACCUAUGGCAGCUUCUACUGCACUUGUCUCAGUGGCUACAGCCCUUCUAACAGCUUGGUUAUAUUCAUUCCCAACGAUGGAACCCAGUGUAACGACAUUGAUGAGUGUAAGGUGCAAGGUAUUUGUGGAGAGGGGGGAUGGUGCAUCAACAUGCAGGGCGAUUUCAACUGCCGCUGCCGAGCCGGAUAUAAAGUGCAGAACGGAUCCCAGCCCUUCCACCCACAUCGUGACAAGGCAGUCUGCACAGCCAUUGACUGUGGGCAGCCUCCCUCUGUUACCCAUGCUGCUCAGCUGUCAGAAGCAGGCACCCGCUAUGGCAGCGUGGCUCAGUUUGGCUGUGUGAAAGGAUUCUUCCAGACACGUGGGAACAAUACAGCAGUUUGUGGUGAAAAAGGAGUAUGGGAAGGUCUCAGUCUGGUGUGUGAAGAGAUAUACUGUGGUGAACCACCAGCUCUCCCCCACUCAGUAAUGCAAUGGCAUAAACUCGCCAAGGUGGGCACAAAUGUGUAUUAUAAAUGCAAUGCUGGGUAUUACAAUGUUGGAGCUGGGAAUUUUUCAGUUUGCAAUACAAGUGGGCAAUGGGACAAAACAUCUAUGCAAUGUGAAGAGAUUGACUGUGGUGAUCCCCCUUUUCACCCUCACUCCAUUGUGGAGUGGAAUAACAGCACUAAGAUUGGCACAGAGGUGUCUUAUCAAUGCAAGCCUGGCUUUUACAAUGCAGGAUAUGGGAAUGUUUCACUUUGUACCACUCAUGGUUACUGGAAUCAUGCUAACAUACUGUGUCAAGAGAUCAAUUGCGGACCUCCGGUUAUUUUCCCCAACACUGACAUACAUUGGGACAACACUUCAAGGCUAGGAAGCAUUGUACGCUACACAUGCGAAUAUGGAUUUUACCAGGAGGGCGGAAGUAGUCACUCUACAUGUACAUCAGCCAGAGUGUGGGAAAAUAUUACUGUAGCAUGCAAAGAGAUUGACUGUGGUGAUCCCCCUUUUCACCCUCACUCCAUUGUGGAGUGGAAUAACAGCACUAAGAUUGGCACAGAGGUGUCUUAUCAAUGCAAGCCUGGCUUUUACAAUGCAGGAUAUGGGAAUGUUUCACUUUGUACCACUGAUGGUUACUGGAAUCAUACUAACAUACUGUGUCAAGAGAUCAAUUGCGGACCUCCGGUUAUUUUCCCCAACACUGACAUACAUUGGGACAACACUUCAAGGCUAGGAAGCGUUUUACACUACACAUGCGAAUAUGGAUUUCACAAGGAGGGCGAAAGUAGUCACUCUACAUGUACAUCAGCCAGAGUGUGGGAAAAUAUUACUGUAGCAUGCAAAGAGAUUGACUGUGGUGAUCCCCCUUUUCACCCUCACUCCAUUAUGGUGUGGAAUAACAGCACUAAGAUUGGCACAGAGGUGUCUUAUCAAUGCAAGCCUGGUUUUUACAAUGCAGGAUAUGGGAAUGUUUCACUUUGUACCACUGAUGGUUACUGGAAUCAUGCUAACAUACUGUGUCAAGAGAUCAAUUGCGGACCUCCGGUUAUUUUCCCCAACACUGACAUACAUUGGGACAACACUUCAAGGCUAGGAAGCGUUGUACACUACACAUGCGACUAUGGAUUUUACCAGGAGGGCGGAAGUGGUCACUCUACAUGUACAUCAGCCAGAGUGUGGGAACAUAUUACUGUAGCAUGCAAAGAGAUCAAUUGCGGGCCUCCAGCUGUUUUCCCCAACACUGACAUACAUUGGGACAACACUACAAGGCUAGGAAGCGUUGUACACUACACAUGCAAAAAUGGAUUUUACCAAGAAGGCGGAAGUAGUAACUCCACAUGUUCCUCAGCCAGAGAGUGGGAACACAUUACUAUUACAUGCAAAGAGAUCAAUUGCGGGCCUCCAGAUGUUUUCCCCAACACUGACAUACAUUGGGACAACACUACAAGGCUAGGAAGCGUUGUACACUACACAUGCAAAAAUGGAUUUUACCAAGAAGGUGGAAGUAGUAACUCCACAUGUUCCUCAGCCAGAGAGUGGGAACACAUUACUAUUACAUGCAAAGCAAGGUGCGGCCCUCCCCCCUCAUUGCCGCACACGGAAGUGGAGUGGCAGAACGGCAGCAUAGCAGGGAGCGUGGCGCUGCAUAGCUGUCAGAAAGGAUACAGGAGCUGGAGAGGAGUAAAUCUGUCCCUCUGUGCUGACACUGGGAGGUGGCAGGCGGCAACACUGUUCUGCAGAGAAAUCAAGCCUGCGAUCAGCAAGCUGCUGAUUUUCAAUGAGAAGUGUCUACGAUGGAAAGCAGAAAGAUAUGAUGGACAAGGAGAGGAUUAUACAGUCCAAAUUGUGGGAUCCAGGGACUAUCAGAGAACAUUCCAGUACAAGAGAAAGAGGGUCUUCAGCACAGCCGCUGACUGGCCGGAGCUGUGUCUGAACCUGCUGCCUGGCACAAACUACACUAUUAACAUCACUGCGCUCUCUGCCGGGUUCUCCUCAAUCAUUUCAGCCAACACCAGCAUCCAAGCUCCGCCUGUACCUGAGGUUGUAUUCAGAGAUGUAGAGGUUCCUCUGCCUUCUCUUAGGCUACGUAGAUCAAUCAACACACUGGACCCUAUAAGUGUGUACCAGGUCUUUGUGGUGCCCCUUGAGAGACCUGUAGCGUUCGACUGUAGAUCUGUGAGUGAGUCACACUACCACAGGCAGAGGCCCAUGGGACUUUAUGUGGCAGCGCAGAUUCCAGUGGUGGACAUAGGAAGAGAGCUGAGCUUCACUUUGGGGGACCAACGCUAUUACGGCGAGUACUAUAAUGCUCCUUUACUGCCUGGCCGAGACUACUACAUCAUACUACGUGCUGUCAAUCAGUGGGGAAGGGUCAGAAAACAGUCCUGUGUCUUCUGGGCAAAAGCAAGGGGUACACCCUACAUCAUACAGUCUGCAACCAUGGUAACUGGCGGACUCAUUGGAUUGGUUGCUUUUGUCAUAUUUUUGGGAUGGUAAGAUUUUAUGUAUGGUACUGCAAGAACAAAUGAAACAGACAUCCCGAACAACUGCUUUUGCUGUUUGUUUUAACCUCUAGGAUGAAUGACAAGUUAUUUGUCCUUUGUGUUUUACUUGUAUUGUAAUCUUUGAAUAAAGCAAAUGAAUCAC